GAGAGAGCAGAUAGAAGGCCCCGGCAAGUGUUAAUGAUGAGCAAUGGGUAGGCAGUCUUUUGCUUCCAAAAGCAGAAGACUUUUGCUCUGAAAAUUUGAAAAUGCUCCGGAUUCUCUGAAGAACGACGUGCUCUCCUUGAUUGCUGUCCCUUCUUCUUCAACCCCACUUCAUUCUCUCUCUCUCUCCCCCCCCCCCCCUUGUUUCUCUUUCUACUUUCUCCCUCUACACGCCUAGAGCUCAGCCAUUUCCUUGUCCUUGUCGUUUUUCUGGUGUGGUCAAAAUCCCACACCAAACAAACACUUAUCUCUGUAAAAUUAGGGAUGGCUUAUUUAUGUCUCCAUUGGCCUUAAUCAGCAUCUGGGUUCUCUUCAUUUGAUUUUCCACUUGAAUGGGAGGUGGGUUUUUUGUGCCUUAUAGUUUCGAGCUGCAGUGGAGGAAUGGUCAGCUGAAAAAGAACCAGAAGAUAAAGCCUCUGCUCAAGUAUGCUUGAAGCAGUUUUGUCUUAGAAUUGGGUACCAAAUUUUUCUCCGUAUUCUCGGCGGUCAACUAGAGGGCUGUUGAAAAUUUGAAAUUUCAGCGAUGUUGCAAGGAUUCGAUGGCUUUUACUUCAUGUGGGUCUUUGCUUUCUGAUAAUGAGAGUGUUGGUGAAGAUUAAGACAAGAUGGGCAUUUGCGCAACAGUUUCUGCAGCAUAGAAGUCCUGCAACUUUAGUUUAUUAGUUGCCCUUUUCAUUUUUGCUUUCUGGGGAUGGUUGCAGAAUUAUGUAAAAGCUCUUAUGUUGGCUUAUUCAAUUUGUUAUUCUUCUUAUUUUUAUAGUGUUUAAUCAUAGUUAAUGUUUGGUUUGCAGCCUUUUGGACAUGUAACGUUUCUCUUUGUCUGUUCUAACUUGUCAAGUGAUUCUAAAUUCAAUAUUUGAAUUUCUCAUUCAUAAAGACCAUGGCUUCAACUGCUCCUCUGCCAUUUCCCCCAGAAAUAUCCAACUAUGAUGAGCUCUCUAUGCAGCAGAGCUUGCUAUUCUCUGAUAGUCUCAAGGAUUUGAAAAAUUUGAGAAGGCAGUUGUACUCAGCAGCUGAGUAUUUUGAACUAUCUUACGCCAAUGAUGAUCAGAAGCAGAUAGUUGUUGAAACAUUGAAAGAUUAUGCCAUUAAGGCUAUUGUGAACACUGUGGACCAUUUGGGUUCAGUUACAUAUAAGGUAAACGAUCUCUUGGACGAAAAGGUUGAUGAAGUUUCUGGAACAGAGCUCCGGGUUUCUUGCAUUGAACAGAGAUUGCGCACAUGCCAAGAAUAUAUAGAUCAUGAGGGUCUUUCUCAACAAUCUCUGGUUAUAAAUACUCCAAAGUACCAUAAACGAUACAUCUUGCCAGUUGGGGAGACCAUGCAUGGUGCCAACCGCACUAAAUCAAAAUACCAAGGAUGCAGCCUAGAUGAUGAGGAUGACUGGCAUCACUUUAAGAAUGCUGUUCGAGCUACAAUUACAGAAACCCCCCCAUCUGCAGUCAGAAAAGGGCGUACUCCAUCACCCUCUCCACGACUUUCUCAGCGACUUGGAACAUUUUCCUUCACUGGCACGACACCCCAAAAAGAAUUAGAUAAACGAGCAGUUUCACCACAUCGGUUUCCACUCUUGCGAUCUGGAUCUGUUUCUAGUCGACCAACCACUCCAAAUUCAAGGAGGCCAACCACGCCAAAUUCAAGUAGGCCUACCACUCCAAAUCGUUCUGCUGCAAAACAGCGGUACCCUUCGGAGCCUCGAAAGUCAGCUUCUAUGCGUCUCCACGCUGAUAGGGAAAAUGCUAAAGAUAUUGAUCAGAUCCCUAGCAAAAGUAAACGUCUCCUCAAGGCAUUGCUUAGCAGGCGCAAGUCGAAGAAAGAUGACACAUUGUAUACAUAUUUGGAUGAAUACUGAAAAGACUCAAAUAUCUAAAGGAUAAGCAAAACCUCAAAAGUAGGGGAAUGAUGGCAGAAUUGCAUUUUCACCCUCCCCCUUGUUUUGUUACCCAAUAUAAUUGUUUUUUAUUUCUCAUGUAAGCAAAAACCAGUAGUACCAUCUAUGGUCUUGUGAUAUUUUGCAUUUUUGCUUUUACAUGUUGUACUAUUGACUGUAUAUAUGUGACUAUUACAAUUCUUUAAAGGUAUAUGCAAGGUUGAUCCAUUUACUGCAUGAAA